CAUGCUCUGUUUGGAAAAUUUGGCGUGGCGUCCCAGUCCAGUAAAUAGAAACAAAAUGCUCUCUCCUUCUCACACCCUGCCACGUGUCCUCCGUCAUUUCUUCAUUGCUCCUCUGUGUCUCCUCCGCCUUCUUCGCUUUUCCCCAACACACUCUGUUUCUUUCAAUUUCGACCAUCGCCGUCCAAUUCAGUAAGGCUCUUUCUCUCUGUUUUUUAUUAUUUUGACGUAUGAAAGUUACGAUUUUGCGUUCUGGGUGUUGCUUGGAUUUGGGAGAUGAAUGUGAUAUGAUAUGAGGGUGGUGCAGCGUCUGUGAAGAGAGAAAGAGAGAAAGUGUUCUUCUGGGUUUGGGUUUUGUUGGUUUUUGGAGGAAGGAUGGAUCGUGAUUUUGAUACAGUGAGAGGAAGCCCACCUGGGAUUUUGUUGAUCAGAAGCAUUAGAGGAAAAGAUUGGAGGUUUUCUACGUAUAGAUAUGUGGUUUUGUUUGUUACGUUUGUAGCUUAUGCUAGUUACCAUGCUUCAAGAAAACCCAGUAGUAUAGUUAAAAGUGUUCUGUAUCCUGAGCCCACCAACAAGGACAAUGGCUUGGUCCUCCCCUGGCUUGGCCAGUUUUCUAUUAAGACAGUGUCCGGGGGGAAUGAGAGUCAUCAUCAUCAUCAUCAUAGGUUGAGAGCCAAGGGCUGGGCUCCUUUUAAUACCAAGGACGGGACGUCCAAGUUGGGUGAGAUUGAUGUUGCAUUUCUAGCAUGUUACUCUCUAGGAAUGUACGCUGCUGGGCAUUUGGGAGAUAGGCUGGACCUCCGGCUGUUCUUGACAUGUGGGAUGAUUGGGAGUGGCGUUUUCGUUGCGCUAUUUGGGAUGGGGUACUUUUGGAACAUUCAUGUGUUUGGAUUCUAUCUGGGGAUGCAAAUGGUUGCUGGCUUGUUCCAAGCAACAGGUUGGCCUUCUGUUGUUGCUGUGAUUGGUAAUUGGUUUGGAAAGGGAAAGAGGGGUUUGAUAAUGGGUAUAUGGAAUGCACAUACGUCGGUUGGGAAUAUUAGCGGUUCGCUUCUUGCUGCUAGUGUUCUGGACUAUGGUUGGGGUUGGUGUUUUAUAGUUCCGGGCGCGUUUAUUGCAUUGGCAGGAGUGCUAGUUUUCUUGUUCUUGCCUGCAUAUCCUGAGGAUAUUGGAUUUUCUAGUCCACAUGGUUCAGCUGCGAGUUUGGAGGCAGUUCCUAAUGAUGACGAAGCUAAUAUGGGAAAAGGAAUUCGGGUGGAAAGUGAAACAAAUAUUCCAAGAGCUGGGUCUGUGAGUAGGACAGGUGUUGGUCUUCUUGAAGCUUGUACCAUACCAGGAGUUAUACCCUUUGCGUUAUGCCUAUUCUUUGCAAAGCUUGUGGCCUACACAUUUCUGUACUGGCUACCAUUUUAUUUAAGUCAGACAGAAAUAGGAGGAGAGUAUGUUUCUGUGAAGUCUGCUGGAAAUCUCUCCACUUUGUUUGAUGUUGGGGGCAUAGUUGGCGGAAUCCUUGCAGGCUACAUAUCCGAUAAACUUAAUGCUCGAGCUACUACAGCAGCCUGCUUCAUGUAUGCUGCAAUUCCAGCAAUGCUUUUGUAUCGCAGAUAUGGGAGUAUUUCACACAAUAUCAACAUUGUGCUUAUGAUGAUUGCUGGACUGUUUAUUAAUGGGCCCUAUGCACUUAUCACAACUGCAGUUUCUGCAGACCUUGGCACUCACAGUUCACUUAGAGGUGAUUCUCGAGCACUGGCAACAGUUACUGCCAUCAUUGAUGGUACUGGAUCGGUUGGUGCAGCUUUUGGUCCUCUUCUGACUGGUUUCCUUUCAACAAAGGGAUGGGAUGCAGUAUUUGUGAUGCUAAUGGUCUGUGCACUUAUAGCGGGGCUUCUUUUAUCACGUCUAGUUAUAUCUGAAAUUUCUGAGAAGACUUGCAAACCGUCUGUGUCCAGUGGGCGACGUAGUUUUGGAGCUCCGGCAUCCCAACCACUUUUAAGUGAUCAACGAUGAUACUAGGGUCUGCAGAAGCUUCAUCACAUGCCCAAGAUAACGAAAAGUUCACUAUAUUGAGACAUCCAAGCUCAACAUAUAGGUGGUACCUUGUACUCUUGAACAAAAUUUAUUUCAAAAGAAAACCAAAAGCCUCAUUAUAUGUCAAAUUUGUAUUGGCUCCAGAAGUAGUUUCUAGCACCCAUUUUGGUGUUCAUCGUCUGUAAUAUAUGUAUACUGAUAAUUAGUAUUUAGAUUUUUUGUACUUUGGUCAGUUGUCCUCUCCAAGUAGAACUUCGUCUUUGAAAUUAUUUAUGACUAUUGCUGAAGAUAGGUUCUAUCGUGAGAACAUAUGUUUGCUCUCUCGAUCCAUCUAGGUGGACCUGCACUUCAGUUU